CAGUUUAAUUAAAGGAUCACGUUGCGUCUUGUCAUAGGAUAGGGGCGCUUGCUGGCUCAUCACUGAGGCCUGAUCUGCCGUCAUGAUGACAUCGUGGACUCUGGUCCUCCUAUGUACCAUCGUGGUAACAGAAGCGGCUAAAGGCACUACAAAAUGUGGCAAGGGUUGGAAGGCUUACAGGAGCAGCUGUUACACAACAGUCACCAAGUUGAUGAACUACGGCCAAGCGGAUGAAAUCUGCCGUCGUAUGGAUGCGAAACUUGCCGAGAUAAAUACCAAUGGGGAAAGUCGGUUUCUGGUGAAAACAUUCGGACCAAUCGUGGGUGAUGCCCAUGCCUGGGUAAGAAUAGCUGUCGCCAAUGGAAAGGGAACCCGGAUGAUUCCGGCUAGGAUCAUUCGCCAUGCGAAGAGAUAUAACCUGGGUCUGAUUGGAGUCUAUAUUCAUGAUAAGAAACAGCUCAUAUGCGAACAGGACCGUGGAGCGAAAGGGAAACAAAAGGAAGACAAACGCAAAGACACUGACGCUGGAGAAAAGAGACGGUGGCAGCGAAUGGCUACAGAGGGGAAGCACUGUGCACCAGGCUGGGCUCAACGGGGAAUGAGCUGCUAUAAGAUGUUAUACGAGAAAAGGAGUUUCCAAGAUGCACAUGAGACGUGCUCCAAGAUGAAGGCACAUCUGGCUGAUAUCAAUAGUAGAAGCGAAAUGUGGCAUCUGCUCUAUAAGUUUGGGAAAACGGACGUUCAACGUUGGGUGAGCAUACCAUUGAUGUACAACAGGAAACGAAGUGGCACUUUGAGUAUAAAACUCGUUCCAGUUCCAAAACUUCCGAAAUACCGUGUUGGUCUGUUUGGGAUCAGGGGAAGAGAAAGGAUGCCGUUCGUUUGUGAACAACUUGCAAGCUCCACACAUGCAACACAAGAAAAGAAAUCAUCAGGAGGCAAUGUUAAGGACUGUGGUGUUGGCUGGACAAAAUACGAAACCCGCUGUUACAGGUUGUUUACAUCAGGCUUGAACUUCGAGAAGGCCCACCAGGCGUGCACUGAACACAACGCUAGUCUUGCGGAACUUAACGGCAAGCCAGAGAUUGACUUCCUGCUAAAAACCUAUGGACCAUCAAGGACCGUACCGUGGGUCAAGAUGCAAAUUGAGGCAAAGGAAAAGAAAAUGGAAACCAUCCCAACGCGCCUGUUCCAUAUUCAUAAUGAAAACAUCGGGAUAUAUGGGGACAAGCUGAGCGACCCAAGAAAAAAGGCUGCCUACAUUUGUGAGCGGGAGACGCGGACAGCCUGCUGGGAGGGUUGGGAGCGAUUCAAGGAUCGCUGCUACCGCUACGUUAAGGGAACAUAUCCAUUCCGAUGGUCAGAGAAUUGGUGUAAGGAACACAAUGCUCAUCUGGCAAGUGUAAACAGCAAGCAGGAACUGGACUUCCUCUUGAAAUAUGUCUGGACAACGCCUUACAGCUGUGGUCCUUGGAUUGGUCUGCUGACGAUAAAUAACAAAACCUUCACAUGGCUUGACCACUCCAGUACCAGUUACAAACCGCCAACCAGAGUAGCUAGCGGGAGAGGACGUCGUGGCUUGGUGGGACGAUUAAACAAGUGGAAAAGAACCACGUUGGGGGCGAAGUUACAAUUCCAGGGUGUGGCUGUUGUCAAGCGUGAGGGUACCCACAAACAGCCUUUUAUUUGCGAAAGAGGGCUAGGUAUUGGAAGCCGACAAGUAGGAAGGGAACCAAAGAAUGAAAAAAGAAAACGAAGAGAGGGGAAAAAAAUGAAAAAUGUACAUGUACGUUGCGAGAAGGGAUGGCGAGGUUAUCAAGGACAUUGUUAUCGAGUAAUCAGAAGAAAGAAACAGUUCAAAGAAGCUGAGAAGACAUGUGUUCGCCUUGGUGGUCAUCUAGCCAGCGCUAACAGCGCGCUCGAAUUCAGAUUCCUUGUUCGUAUCGCACGCAAGAUGCACCGUGACCGGACGAGGCGUCAGGCAGGACCUAGCGCAUGGCUCGGCAUGAAGAUAGACGCCUCAAUCAAGCCUUCUCGAUUUACUUGGACGGACGGAUCCAGAACGGAAUACAAGCCUCCUGGCGAAUAUAAGGGUGACAAGGGUGAAAUUGUCGCCCGGUUGCUUGAAGAGCGCCGUCAGGUUAAUGAUAUAGAACCCAGCCGCAGUUAUCCCUUUAUCUGCGAGAGGGUUCCUGAAACUAGAAAGACGAGUAAACCCCGCAAUCCAAAGGAGCACUUGAAUAAGAAGCAGCGACAUGGCCAUAACCCAACUUAUAAAAGGAAGAAUUGGCACAAGAAGGAAACAGACGCCAAGACUAUAAAACACCGUCUGGGAAGGAGACAUGAAAAAGAUAUCAAAAAGGCGAAAGUCAUCGGCAGGAAGGCACAUGAUAGAAGUGACAAACGAAAGGUUGAGGAACUUGAAUCCAAGUGUCCAGGGGAUUGGAAGAGAUGGUCAGGCUACUGUUAUAAAUAUUUCGCCACGAAGUUGUCAUUCCGUUCUGCCGAAGCCGACUGCCGGGAAUACGGCCGAAGCUCUCAUCUCAGCAGCAUCCACAGCCGGGACGAACUGGAGAUGCUAAUGGCCAUGAUACCACGACCCAACGCGACAAAGCGAAGAGUUCUCUUGGUCUGGGUUGGAAUGAUCAUCCCGGAGGGCCAGAAGCCUGGAAACGUCACUUGGAAGUGGACUGACGGUACUUCAGCUGCGUACGAACCUCCCAGAAAGCUAGACCUUCGUCCGCAGGGGGCUAACGCCGCCCGGCUUAUUUUGUACAAGGCGCAUGAUAAGUGGGAGUCUAAGGGUGUUUAUGAUACGAUUGGGACGCGCAGGUUGCCGUAUAUUUGCAAAAGGAAGCCAGGAAAAUAACAAUGACAAAGUCAAGAAAUGAAAUUUUAUUGGACGGAUUAUUCAAGAGAACUGAUAUAUAAGUAGACUGGCUGUCGCUUGUGUUAAGAAUAAAUUGUGAAUGCCGCAGCUUUUAAUAUUAACUUAGCAACAUCUUCAAGAAACAGGACACUAAAAUGAGAGGAAUGUAAAGCCCCGGGGCCAUGAUCAGGAUAGGUCCAUUAGUCAUACUUAGAACUGUAUGGAUCAGGUUUAACAUGUUAUAACCCUACGGUUCAGAGAUUGUCCAUGUAAAUUCGAAUUAUUGUCAUAAAAAUAUGGCCGGGUCUAUUUAGCAAGCCGCUCGCCGAACAGGCAUCUUUUUUUGUCCUGUUUGGAGAGCCGCUUGCCAAACAGCACUAAAAAGCCACCCUGUUCGGCCAGCCGGGCUUGCCAAACAGGUAAAAAAUCUAAAAAAUCCUGUUUGGCGAGCUCUUCGAAAACUACAAAUAUUAAUGAGUUCGGCUCUCCAUUCAGGACAAGAAAAAGUCGCUGUUUGGUAAGCCGGGCUUGCCAAAUAGUCACUUCCUAAAAAUAUUUGACAAGAAUAAAUCAUGAUGUAUGUA